AUGCCGAUUGCACAUAGCUUAAGCAAAGUCACGAAAAAUCUUUCCAAGGCCAAAUCGGCCGGAUCGAUGCAUAUAAAGGGCCGCAAAUUUAAACAACUUAAUCGUGCCACUGUCAGAGACAAGAAACUACAACAAAGGAAGCUUGAUAGUAUAGAGAAAAAAUCCAAUGAGCUUGUUAUAGUUUCCUAUAUCCAUACUCAAAUUGAAAAUGAAACACAGCCGUCGUAUACUUUAGAGGAAAUAAAAGGGUUUAUCGAAAGUUUCAUAGACGAGGAUAGAGAAAAAUUGAGCGAGAUGGAAAAGGAACACCGCAAGGGACGCCCCAUCUCGACAAAGCAGAAAAUCUUACAAGAGAAGAUCAAACACGAAGAGCACAUGUUUGAGACCGGUUAUAAAGUGCCGGACUUGAGCGAUGAGGAGACAGUCAAGAGAUUAAGGAAUUGGAAUGGAACGACAGGUGCCACAACAGGAUUCAAAUUUAUACAUGUAUCAAAGCAGAUGACAAAUUUACCAAGCACAAACGUUGAAGUAGAGAUGAAGUAA